CUCCCCCGCCGGUAUCUACCCAGGUUUCAGCCGCGGUCGGCCGGGGCGCAGCUUCUUGCGAGGCCGGUGGGUGGGUGAGUAGGUGGGAGGGUGGACGCUUAGCGACUGUUGCCCAGGCUUCAAGAUGGCGGAAGCGCUGACGAUACAGGAGGAGCUGGCAGUGCAGGAGUUCCUGGCCGAAGUGAGGAAACUGGAUCAGCUCGGCCCGGUUGUGGCGUCGCAAAACAUGGCGGUCAAGUUCCUCAUUGCGCGGAAGUUCGACGUAUCCAGAGCCGUCGAGCUUUUCCAGGCCUACAGGAGUACGAGGCUGAGAGAAGGAAUUUGCGAUAUCCGCCCGGAAGAGGAGCCGCUGCAGUCCGAGCUACUCAGCGGAAAGUUCACGGUUCUGCCCUAUAGAGACGCUAGGGGUGCCGCCAUAGCCCUGUUCACGGCUCGCCUCCACAGACCAGACUACACUACCCAUAAGGCUGUGCUGCAGGCCGUCAUCUACCAACUAGACAAGGCGAUUGAGAGCAUCCAGACGCAGCGGGCCGGGCUGGUCUUCAUCUAUGACAUGACCAACUCCACGUACGAGAAUUUCGACUACGAGCUGUCUAUGAAGAUCCUCCAUCUUCUGAAGGGUGCCUUCCCCGCCCGCCUCAAGUGUGUGUUCAUCGUGUCGUCCCCGUUGUGGUUUCGGGCUUCGCUUGCUGUUCUGCGGCUCCUUGUGCGGGAGAAGCUGAGAGAGAGGGUCUGCACGCUGAAGACCCAUGAACUGCCCCGCCACAUCCCUAAGGAGGCUCUGCCCGAACACCUUGGAGGUUCUGCGCGGUACAGCCAUGCCGCAUGGAUCCAGGCGUGCAUCAGGGCCGACCGGAUGUCCGCCACCGGGGAUGAGCUCGGUCGUGACAAGACUGCUGAUGGUGCCGCUCCACACGACCACCGCUGCCCCCUGCAGGGCAGGACUUGUACUGUGGCUGAGCCAAAUGCUGACCGGUUCCCCAAGCGCCUGCAGGGUAACUACGAGGAGCAGGACGGAUCCGCGCUGACAGGCAAGAGCACGGUGGUGGGGACUGACAUGGGAACCAAGGAACGUCAUCAUGGCAACGGUCAUGUAGCUAACGGACACGGACCCGCUCGACGGUCCCCGCACCGGUCGGACGCGGCCUCCGGCGUGCCUCCCCGUCGUAAGGAUCCCGGGGUGGAGGGGGCGGGUCUUGAUGGUGGGCCAACCCACCCAGCGUACGCCUGGGGCUGUGGCAGAACCUCCGUGCCGUCCGUGCACCUGCCGGAUGACGAAGGUAUGACGGUAAGGGAGCUGGUGGAGCACGUGAAGAAGACAAAGAAGAAGGGCAUCUUCCGGGAGUACGAGGAGAUCCGCAAGGAGCCCCCGACAGGCACCUUCAACCACUCCAGGAAGCCUAGCAAUCAAAUGAAGAAUAGAUAUAGUGACGUUCUCUGCCUCGACCACUCCAGGGUCAAGCUCAGCGUCAUGGACAAUGAUGAGACUUCGGAUUACAUCAACGCGAGCUUUAUGGAUGGUUACAAACGGAAAAACGCGUACAUUGCAACUCAAGGUCCUUUGCCAAGAACGUUUGCCGACUUCUGGCGCGUGGUGUGGGAGCAGCGAGUUUUGGUUAUAGUGAUGACGACCAGAGUGGUGGAACGAGGUCGGGUGAAGUGUGGCCAGUACUGGCCGCAAGAGGCGGGCGACAGCGACACGUAUGGGCGCUUGGUGGUCAAGAACGUCCACGUCAGGAUGUUCCAAGACUUCCGACUGUCGCAGCUGCAGGUGUACGACAGCGUGUCGGGGGAGCUCCGCAGUGUGGCCCACUACCUGUACGUCAGCUGGCCUGACUUUGGCGUCCCCAAAUCGGCCGGAGCCAUGCUGGACUUCAGGGCCCAGGUCAAGCAGCACCAGGAGGCUGCUUUUCGGGCCAUGUGCGCUGACUGGACCGGACCAGCAGGGGGCCCUCCGCUCGUGGUGCACUGCAGCGCAGGAAUCGGGAGGACAGGGACCUUCUGCGCUCUGGACAUCUGCCUGUCCCGGCUGGACGACGUGGGCACGGUGGAUGUGCAGCGGACCGUGAGGCGCAUGCGUGCCCAGCGCGCCUUCAGCAUUCAGACGUGGGACCAGUACUACUUCUGCUUCAUGGCCGUGUUGGAGUACGCACAGAGGCGUGGCCUCCUGCCAGCCAUCCAGUGGUCUGACAGCGAGUGACGGGCGGCGGGAAAACGGGACGGAAACAACAAGGCUGAAUAGAAUAACCCCGCCUCCCCAGGAGUAAGGGGGCGGGGCUUGCCACAGACGGUGAGGGGGGGGGCUCCGCUGGUCUGUCCCUAACUCUCGGACUUAAUGGGGAUCUGGGCGGAACCAGCCCCAUGUGUGCAGACAGUUUAUCCUUUCAUCACCAUCCAGACUGUAAAACAUCACAAUUUUUUUGUUUUACUGCUGGGAGAAUACACAUCAGGAAUUACUUAACCAACUUUAACAGGUUAAUUGGCAGUAUACUUAUAUUCAAUCUUUUUAUUAAAGUGCAUUUAUUUUUAAAGGUUUUUUUUUGUUUGUUCUUAAUGAAUGUGAAGUCGUCCCUUUUUUUGGGUGCUUCUCUGGGUCUCUUAACACCGUGGGUUUGUGUGCUGUGUCAAACUUCUGCCUUUUUCUUUAUACAAACGCAAAGACGUGUUACAAUGUGUGUGUGUGUGUGUGCAUAUGAGUCGUGUACAACAGGAAAAAAACAGGCACUGAUUCCCCAAAAAAUGCCACUUAUCGUUAAUCAGUACACGGGGCCGUCAAAGACAAACGAUUUGAGAUAAUGAAAGGUUUUGCACUCUGAAGGCUGUUUCAAAGCGUCACAGUUAAGAGAAGCUGGAUCCGGACAGUGAGUUUACUUUUUAUACAUCUGUCUUCCCAGUGCUUUCUGGGGACGCGGCUAAGGGCAUAUUAGUAGUCGGUCGUCGUCCUUGUCCGUUGUGGCACACGGUGCUGCAGCCUCAUUAAUGCCUGACCUCUGCUUCACACGCUUUUAAGGCAGAAGGUGCCCUGGGUUUAUAAAAAUGUCCUUUACCUGUGCAUACGUAUCUGAGCCUGAGUCUACACUCAUGCGGUUGCGUGUGUACAAACCUGCAUACCGAGCUGUUCUUGUGCGAUCCGGUUUAUCUGGGGGUUCAUAAAUGUGCAAAGUUUUCAGCCUUGUCGUCUGUCUUCGGUCUGCAGCUGUGUCACAUUUUAGGUGCCUUCAAGUCUUUAUAAACACAGUGAAGAUGUAACAUUGUAACAUUUGCUGUUAUAUAAUUUUUAUGAUUUUGUUUGGGAAUCUCAGGGGUUAAUAUUGUUUCUAGUGUUGAAAUGGAAUGUCAGAAUGUCUUUUGUUGCUUGUGACUAUGACAGUAUUCCUAGUAGUCGAUUUGUUGGUGCAAUGCUUGAUGGGUAUGAUGACAAGGUUUAUUUAAAUUUAGUAAAUUUGGUUCUUGGCUGACGAUACUGUUUUUAAAACUGAGCAAAUCUGCUUUCUGUCAGUGGGGUCUGCCUUCAAAGUCUGUAUUGACGCUUGUCUUGUGGCAUGUCUUAUUGUGGGAUCGUUGGCACCACAUGUGGGAGAGUAAAGAAAAUAUUUAAUACAGUAUUUAAGAACCCAUACCAGCAGCCAUUUUGUCAUUUGACAAGAGAACACAAAGAGAACUACAUUUGCCCAUAGGUCUGGUGAAUACCUCAGUUCUGGCGCCACGCCCGACCACUAACACCUUCCCUCCCAGCUGACUGUAAAGUUCAGGAGAGGUCAGAUGUACUUCUCCUGCCGGGCUUGUGGCAGCACGGAGGUACUGCAUCCUGACGUUGGACUUGUGGUUAUAGACGCAGUAAUAAUUCAUCAGUUUUAUGUCAUAGUAAAAUAUGAAUAUUAUUCUGAAUACUCAUAACCAUGUCUCCGCCUCUUGCUUUUUACCAUUAGUGUUUAUGGUUCCACAUUGGUUAGUAAUACAGUCGAGUUACACCUGUUCAAGUAACGUACAAGGUCCAUAGUAAAUAGUCGCCCAAUCCCAAUAUGUCCCCUAAGCCCUAAACCCUCACAAACUUAACUGCCGUCACCUGGUAAGUGAUUGAGUGCUAGACGCCGCAAGGGCUCGAAAUAGUAUAAAUAGGAAUGGGACAGCACAUUGCAGCAUAUCGCGUUACCUUGACAACGCCAAUCGUUAUUUUAGAGUGUGCUCUUUCUACUUCGCCGCACAUAAAUAUAACGCUUCCUCCACUUCAGCCCAGGCACAUUAGCAUAGUCAUAUUUGUUUAGCUGACCAAAAGCAGGCUACGAGCAGUCAGUGUCAGUAUCUCAGACUUUGUAAUGUUUACUGAUGCCCUGGGGUACAUUUCCUAAAGGCAUAAUCGCUAACAAUGUUAGCAACUUACAUAGUUAGAACUCUGACAACUGAAUGGCGGCAACUAUGUAAGUCGGUAACGGAAGCUUUAGGGAAACGUACCGAUGAAUGGGACUUAGCUAUGGAGGACUACGCACGCGCGCGUGAGUGUGUGUGUGUGUAUGUAUGAUAUAUAUAAAUUUGUUCAUUUAUUUAUACUUGUUUAGUCGUCCAUACUUACCUUCUUAGCCUACCCACUAAUAAUAAAUAAGCUUACACGAAUUGCUGUCAGUAUGUAUAUUUUUCCCCGCCAGGUGCACUUGUGGAAUCUGCCCACAUGUCCAUCGAGAGAGAAAAUACAUGAUACAGGAUGUGCCGGUCCACUGGGCUUGACACUGGGCUGGCGUAGGUGAAGUUAGGGGUGUUGGUAAGACAGUUACGUAACAGUGUAGGAUUGUUGAAUCAGCCCGUUUUACCACGUUCUUCUACAUAUGCGGGAUUUAUAUUGUGCACCGACCGCCCCAAAAAAAAGACCCCUCUGGUUCUUGCCAUCAUGAUCAGGGGACUUCCGAACGGCUCAAUGGUGUGGAGCGCGUGCAGGUUCCACUACACGUUCCUCUCCAGACCCCGCAAGCAUGAAAAGGACCUGCAUCCACGCUCAAGGCAGACGUGAAAUGAUAUUUUAUCAAAGUGAAUUUUAUCAUGAGAAGUUAAUGCGAAUAAAAGGGUGUAUUUGUA